AUCGGUCAUUUACUGGCCAUGUUGCUUGUCGGAUGUAAAGACGCAAGGGAUUAGAUAAUUUACAAAUGUAAUGUAUAAUCAUCAUUGAGACAGCCAAUUGGAAACAGAAAUAGGCGGAUACAUUUAAAUACAGGUGCAGCAGCGUAUGUGACGUCGUCUCGGAAACUGCACGAUUUCCUACUUCCAGUGAAGGCAGCAGCUCAUCAGCUAAGCUAGGAGGCGAGUGUAUCACCAGGAGCUUGUAUACAAAACACACCGCAGCCUUCCGAGGUGUUUGCAGACGACUUGCUGGAGUUUGACGCACAAAAUGCUCAACCCUCAGAGAUCCCUGUCGGAAUUACCCAAGAUGUCGGCUGCCAACCAAGUGGAAAGAGCCGUGUUGGAGGAGGAGUUCAAGUGGCUUCUUAAAGAGGAAGUCCACGCCGUCCUAAAGCAGCUCCAAGAUGUCCUCAGGGAGGCAUCCAGACGUUUCUCCAUGCUGAUGCCAGGCCUGGAGAGUCAACUCAAACAGGAAAACUUCAUCCUGGGCAGCUCCACGAUGGAUCAGGUGAAAGGUGUGCUCACGCUGCAGGGAGAAGUGCUGACUCAGGCGGACAUCAACCUGAAGGUGACCAAGAGCAGCCAAGUGCAUCACUUCCAGUUCAGGGAGGACAAGCAGUGGAAAUUACAGCAGAUCCAGGACGCCAGGAACCAUGUGACCCAGGCUCUGCAGCUGCUGAGCAGCCAUGACGAGAGCUACCACUUCAAGACGGGGGCGGAGGUUAAUAAGCUCAUGGAUGCUGUGAUGCUCCAGCUGACACGCGCUCGGAACCGCCUCACCACCCCGGCAUCCAUGACCCUGCCCGAGCUGGCCACCAGUGGGCUCAUGAAAAUGUUCACUCCUCCCAUGCCUGGCGAUGUGAUGGUGAAUUUUUACAUCAACCUAAGCAAACUGUGUCUGACCGUCUACCAACUCCACGUGCUGCCGUCCAACACCACCAAGCAUUUCAAGCCAUCGGGAAGCUCGGUGCUGCACAAUCCCGGGGCCAUGUUUGAGCUGAACAACAACCGCUUUGAGGUCAGCCACGUGCACAAGGUGGAGUGCGUGGUGCCGUGGCUCAACGACACGCUGGUGUUCUUCACCAUCUCCCUGCAGCUCUGCCAGCAGCUCAAAGACAAGAUAUCCGUCUUCUCCAGCUUCUGGAACUACAGACCUUUCUAAUCAUCAUUCCAGUCAGCAUUACACCUCAUAAACGCACGUGAAGGACAUGCUUGCAAAUAUUUAUCAUCACAUAUUUAUCUGCAGACAAGUGGUGCACCAUCAUCAGAAGGAGCCAGUUUGACAACCAGCUAACCUGCACGACACGACAUGUACUGUGUACAAACCUACAAACAUACACGACACUCUGUACACAAACAUACACUAUGUAUGCAAAUAUACACUAUGUAUGGAAACAUACACUAUGUAUACAAAUAUACACUAUGUAUGGAAAUAUACACUAUGUAUACAAACAUACACUAUGUAUGGAAAUAUACACUAUGUAUACAAACAUACACUAUGUAUGGAAAUAUACAGCGUGUAUGGAAACAUACAGAAAGUUUAGCCUUGUUUACACUUGCAUGUACUUUGUCCCCCUAGCGGUAUGUAAUUUUGCGUGCCAGUGAGUAAAUUGGUGGUAAAAAGGUGUGAAGUAUGUGUAAACUGUGCGGGGCUGCGUGCCGCCGCGCAAAGAUAAUUUGAUAAUUUCUGUUAACUAGUCCCACACUGUCACCAUCUUUCUUUCUAGUUUAUUUCCUCUUUCCUGCUCUUUGCUCAUUCUAUGCCUGCAGCUGUGAGACCGUCUAGACUUACCUUUCUUUACUGCGUGAGCUUCUUCUCUGGAGUUCAACAUCUUGUAUGUGGCUUGCGAAUAGAGGAAAUAAUGAAGCUAUGGGGUGACGCCUGCUAUUGGGUGGCGUCUCGCGGGACGCAGCAGGACCAAAUAAUGACAAUACACACGCAUGAGGGAACAAAGUGCGUCGCGUGUGCUGUUGUUGUGCACUAGACGUAAACAUUACUUGACAAGGUGUAAAUAAGCCGUGCGGAAGCGUGGUCGCUUCGUGCUCAUACGCACUAUUUUCGGUCACGGAUUGCAUGCCAAGUGUGUAAUUUAUGCGUAACAUAAUGCGUGCAAGUGUAAACACGGCUUCUGUAUGACGGACAUUCCUGGCGUCUUCAUGUUUGUGUUGUUUUGUAAGUAUUUGGUGUUGCAUGUACAGUAUUGGCUACUUACAGUAUCAUCUGCUACAGUAUUUCCCAGGCCUUCUGCACUCACAUGGUGGACUUUUCCCAAGUAGUGGGAACUGGCAUUGGAGUUUUGAGGCUUUUCCAUCCCCUUACUUGUCGGGUUGUGUCAUCAAUUCACGUUAAGUGAUGGGAAGUCAUAGAAAUUAUUAGGGGAAAGAACGAAAAUUGCGCAUUACGAACAUUAUACAGCAAUCGGAUCGGCCCAGUCUCGUGGCGGAAGCAGAUAUUACCCCAUCUUGAAAAUACAGCGGAUCCUGAAGAUCGGGUCAUCCAGUGCUACAUUAUUGGGUCAUUACAUUUUUCAUUUUUUGCCCAGACAAAGACCGGCGACCCACCAGCUGCAAACCGGAGUUCUAGAUUGUAAAGGAGCGCGGUGGCUUCCAGCAUAUUCUCAUCUGAACACCGGAUAUGCCUGUACAGUACUGACAAGGGUAGAAUCAUUUUGGACAUUGGAGUUGUCAAAAUGUAAAAUAAUCAUGAAAACAGCACAUCUGACAGUCCUUUGCUGCUUUACGUGUGAUCUUCAACCAGAAAAAAAACAAUCAAACAAUUGCAUUUCAAAUCGGUCCAUGGAUGUACUUGGCAUUUUCCCUUUUCUAUUUUCAUCUGAAACCUCAGCAGUCCAGCGUGAAAGUGUACACCAAGGGUGCAAGGAAGUAGGAGUAGUGCUUUUAGAUAGAUAUUUAUUGAUCUCCAAGAGAAAUUCAGCAGUUAGCAGACAGCUGCUGCAUCAUGUAGUAGAAAAGAAUUGAACGCAGCAAUGAAGGCUUAGCUGCGCUGUUAACAUGCAUUUUGUCUUACUUAGGAAGUCAUGUGGGUCUGCCAGCAUGAAGCAUGUUUGCCUACGUCUUAUUCACUGCCUCGUUUGUGUCAUUCAUUGCAUUCCUGCUGUUGAAAUAAGCUAUCAAAUAUUUAUUUGACGUUUUGCACAUAUGUUGUUUAUUCCCUGUGAUGCAUUCAAGGGGUCAUUGUCUCAUUUCACAGCAUGACAUGCGUCAUAGAUCAAACACAGUCAAUGGGAAAUCCCAUCUAUUCCAAGUAGUACACGCAAGUACUUGCCACUACUGUAGUGUAGUGUACUGUAGUGUACUGUAGUGUAGUGUUGGAUUUCAGGCUGCGCUGCUGAGAAAAAGGCUUAUUAUGAACAAACUCAGUCCAGUACGUGUUGAUCCACUUUGAAAGCUGUCAUUAAAAUGAAAUUAUUUAUCUGAUACUGUGCAAUAAAAACGUUAUCAAGUAA